UCAACGACUGUCGUUAAAGUCGAACGAACGAAACAAUGACAACGAUGGACGAUUAUUUGGGAAAAAGUUAUGUGAUGAUCAGCGAAGACAACUUUGAAGCCUAUCUUGAGUAUUUAGGCAUGGGAUACAUAAAGCGCAAAAUAGCCGUGAAAGUGCGUCCGACGCAGACGCUGCGACGGAACGCGAGCGGGACCUACACGUUCAGUGUGCACGGGGCCUUAUUUCACUGGGAGAUCAUGUUCACGCCCGGUGUGGAGUUCGAUGCCACCUCGCCUGACGAUAUCCAGCUCAAAGGACUAAUAACAUUUGAGGGCAAUGUGAUGACACACAAACAGUCUGACAACGAGGGCAGAGUGUCCACACAUAAGCUCGAAUUCGGACCCGAGGUGACGAUCGUGACAACCACUGUGGAGGGAUGGGAUAUAGUAGCAACACGAAUUUAUAAGUUAGUUAAAUAGUUUAUGUAUCUUUAAGUUAUUUGUAGGUAUUAUUGAUAAAUAUAAUUUUAAUUGUUUGACCAGACCAUAAAGCAUGAACGUUGUAUUAAUUGAAUUAUUUUAUAAUUAUUUUUGUUUCUAUAUUUUUAAUAUAUCAAGUAUACUUUAA